GAGGCCCCCUUUUGUAGCAUUCGAUUCUGGCGUUGCGAGUUGCGAGUUGCGAGCAACGGACGGUGCGAGAGAUGUCUAAGCGUACGACCCCACCCAGCCACCUAGGCGACCACCAAGCGCACCGCCAGGAACAAGAGGACGCCAUCAUGGUCCGGGCCUUCCAGCAAGUAAUCAGUGGCUGCGGCCCAGAUGAGCUGGAGCCCGCACCCUCUGAGACCUGCAGUUGGAGUUCCUCCUCACCAGUAGAACCCACUGCGGACCCAAGUCCACAAGCUUCGAGCUCAAGUAGGAGGAGGAAGUACAGGGGAGUGAGACAGAGGCCAUGGGGGAAAUGGGCAGCCGAGAUUCGAGACCCCCACAGAGCCAUAAGGGUAUGGUUGGGCACUUUCGAGACAGCAGAGGAGGCGGCCAGGGCUUACGAUGCAAAGGCUGUGGAGUACAGAGGAGCUCGUGCUAACCUCAAUUUCCCCGAUGACUCUCUACCUCUUUACCAGGCAGCAUCGCAUAUCCCCCGAUCUCCUGAGAAAUUCAAUUAUCAAUUCGAAAGCGAGCUUUACCAACCGCAUCAACCAAGUACUGAAUUACGGGAAGUAGGAAGCGCAUCAGGCCCCAUUUCUUCACAGGGCGAUGCACGAAUCAACGAGCAAGUAAAUGUGCAGUAUCAGCAAUCUUUGCAGACCAGCGAUUACCCCGUAUGGGACAUGGUGCCCAAUUCGAGUAGUUGCGAGCAUUACUAUAGUACCUAUGAGUCCUUCUCUACAGAGAGUGAAUUUUAUAACUCCCUUUCAGCGCCAUUGCCACAACAGAAUCAAACUGAAGGAUUACCAGUAUCGUUUGCUACAAUUCCUCUGGAUCAAGACUGGUUUUUUACUAACCCUUUGGAUGAGUUUCCUUUUGUUGCAACCACUUGGCCACCAGAUCACAUUCAGUGAUUGCGAAAACAUUGACCCUUUUAUCUCAAGUAAGCGAAGAACGAAAAGCCGAAGCAGCAAUCUGUUUGUGUUUUAGAAGUAGAGGGAAAAAAUUCGAGCAAGAACCCUAAGAAGGGUUAAUUUGUAUUUUAUAACUAAGAAAAUUAGAGCAAAAAAGAGAGAGAAAGUUAGAGCAAGAAGCAGAGAAGAAAUUCGUUUUUCCUUUUUGAAGUAGAGAGAGAAAAUUUGUUCAUUUGUUGGAGGAAAUCUGAGUUUAAAUAGGCUUCUGAAAAUUUCUGAAUUUGAUUUGAAUAGCAUAUGAAAUAAAUAAAUAAAUAAAUAAAUAAUUUAAUUUU